AUGUCUGAUAUCAAUACCACACUCAUAAACUCUGUCAGAAAAAUUGAAAUUGAUAUUGUCAAAAUAAAGCAAAUGGUACGCAUGCUUCAAGAUCAGUUUAGCAAACAAUUUGUCCCAGCUGUCAGUGCAAAAGAUCUUAGUAUAAUGCAACAAAGCAUCAUUGAGCAAACUCUUGAAUGUGUUGCCAAGUCUGUGAAAAGGUCUCAAUUCACUGAGUAUCCUGAUCAGCUUGGCAAGCGAGUAAUUGGUACAGGUGGCGAUUUCAAAGGGAAAAACAAAGCCCAGAAAUACAAUUUGUUGUUGCAGUUGCUUCAUGAGCAGGAGUGGAAAGAUCAUUACAACGAUUUGUCUAUGAAACAAUUGCAGCUCAAGAUGUUGAGCUGCACAAUCAAGCACAAUCUCAUUGACAUAGACUUUCCUGCUUUAAGUAAAGAAUGGAAAGGUAUCCUGGCAAAGCACCAGGAAUACUACAUGAUGCAAUUAGAGAGAAUGGCAAAGGAUAAUGACUUUGCUAUCUACAAGUGCAAGAGCAUGUGGUGUGUCAAAAGCCUCCUCCGAGGAAGCUUCAAAAGUGACAACCAGAAGCAAAAAAGAAGAAUGGUAAAGAAGAACAUUGCACAGCAAGAUGCAAAUGAUUCUUUAUUGUCUUCUGAUAAUAUGUCAGAAACAGAUAGUGAUGAGUCGUCUAUUAUGGCGAAUGUGCUGUCUCCUCUGGCAGAAAUGAGUGUUGAGCCAGCACAUAAGAGAAGCCAAAGAUCGUAG